AUGGCUUCCGAACCGCCGUUUACGUUGGCCACACGGCGGAGACUCCUGCGCGACAUUGCAGAACUCCAGGAGAAGCCGUACGCCAAUAUCAAGCUGCACCUCGUUGACCUGACCAAAGCGUGUCUUAUCCUCAGCCCCGAAGGAUAUCGCCGCUUACAUCUGACGGUUCAUCUGAAUGAUAAUUAUCCGCUUUCGGCGCCGUGGGUGACCAUACAGACCCGAAUUCAUCAUCCGAAUGUAUUUGGCAACUAUAUCUGCGCGUCUAUUCUCAACACCAGUGAGGGCUAUACGCCUGCCUAUACACUCAAAGGGAUAUGUAUCCAGCUGCUCAGUUUCUUUGGCAGCGACAGCAUAGAACAAACUGGUGGCGGCUGGUCCGUCGACCUUAAAGACUUCAAGCAUGGUAAUGUAGGGGAACAGGAGUGCCGCUUUCAAUGUCCUGAUUGCAAGUUCGACAGCACUCGUGAUACCGCUACGACUGAGGACCAGCCUCAGAGCAGACGGAGUAGAAAAAGACAAAGGGCGAGGCAAAGGGCUGCAGCUCUAACGGAGGUUAGCUUGCCUACACAAUCUCCGCGAACAUCAUCAGCCGCAUAUAUCGCUGGGCUUCCAGACGAACUACUGCUGGAGACCUUGGAUCACCUCGAUUUCGAAGACCUCAUGUCCUUUUCACAGGCCUGGCCACGGGUUGAAACUCUUGUUCAGACAUACGACUUGGUGCGCAGCCGCGAUCUGCAAUGCUUUGUUUUGAAGGAAACGUAUAGACGGCUACUGCUUGGUAUUGGUGUUUCCGUCGUCAGGGGCGGCACACUGCAAUCCGAAUUCGACUUGAUUUCCGGAAGGGCAUUCCAUCAGCUUAAAAUUCGGGAAUCAGUCCACGGCAUUCCCUUUCAGAACUGGCUCCCGUUGCCCAUUUCAUAUCCACACUGGCGGCAGGUUCACCCACACAUCAUGAGGUCUCUCACUCAACUUGCAGAAAGAAUGAAUCUCCCCAACAAUAUACCCAAGGUGAAGGUCGUAUUCGCCUUUAUGACCGACAUUGUUGUACGUCUAAACCUGGAUGUGGAAGGACAAGCCCCGAGAAGUAGCCAGAGGAACAAGGAGGGUCAAUAUUUUGCCCGCAAGAGUACCCUUCGGCAUGCGUCUGAAAAGGCCAUCGAAUCGUACUUUCACUUGUAUCAUCUACUCCUCUGUCUCGCAACAGGACCUGGUGGCAAGGCCGUUGUAGAAGAGGCGAACAGGAUGAUCACCUCCUUUAUGGACGGCAAGCGAAGCAAGGACCACGUACCUAACCUUGGCCAUCUCCUCACUGCCUUGCACAUCAGCGACGUGGAGGUUACCGUUGCGCUCAGGAAGGCAAUCAUCACCGAAACCAUCACCCGGAACGUCGUCUGGCUGCUGGACGGCAAGGGCGCCGGCUUCGCAGAGCUGGGGUUCUUGGAAGACGACGACAUAUCGUAUUAUCGGCUCAAGAAGACAUUUCAGGGGAGUCGAACAUCGUACCGGCUGUUGAUGUUUUCGGAACUAUUCCGCCGCACCGCACGUCCUUCAUCGAGCACCGAUUCUGGGAAAUCCCUCGUCGAAAUUCGCAAUGAGCUAUUCACUCGUCAUGGCGGGCCGCCUCCAGGCGCCGCAGCAAAGUUGGCAUCUGAAGUACGGCGCUUACAGAAAAUUGACGAGUUUCCUACUUUCCUCCAAGAAAUGGGGCUGACGGCUAUCCCUGGCGCGAAGAACUUUACGACAGUGUUGCGUGAUACAGUUCGUGCGAGCGUUGCAAAGGGCUAUAGCUGUGGUGGCGAUCAGAGGAGAUUGCUGCGUUUGCGGAUUUCGCGGGACGACGAGAUUGAUGUAGAUGCUGCAAUCGAGAAGUUCUAUGGUGAAUAG